AUGCUUGACGAUAAAACAACUUCUCGGUCGGCAAAUGUCGACAUACCAGUACAAGUUCAAAAGUCACACCUGCCAAAUGGAAUUAAACACAUAUCCCCUGAAAAGAUUGACCAUCGUACAGAUGAAGAGAUCGCCGCUUCCCUGCAGAAACGCCAUCCUGUCACCUCGGACAAGAAUAUCUGGGGUUUCUGGCAUACGGGCUUUGCGCAGAUGAGACCUUGGGCACAACGAAAUGUGAUUAAUUGGGUCCGUCGGUUGGGCCCCGAUUGGACUGUUCACAUUGUGGAUCGUGUCGAUGGCUCAGAAACGAACGUCUUUCACUAUGCUGAAGAAUCCUUCUUCCCAAAGACGUUUAUUGACGGUACCAUGGAUGGCCACAAGGCUCAUAUGGGAGACCUGGUUCGUCUACCGCUAUUAUGGAAAUACGGAGGCAUUUGGAUGGACGUUGGCCUCAUCCUCCUGCGUCACGUCGAUGAUAUUUGUUGGAAGCGAAUCGAGGAUCCUGAGUCGCCUUAUGAACUCAGUGCGCUGGCCUUGAUGCACUUGCCAGACACUUAUACUCCGCUCAAUGGAUUUUUGGCCACAAAACGCAACAACCCUUUCAUCAAGAGGUGGCACGAUAUCUAUGUUGCGCUCUGGACUGAGGGAGUCACCAACGCAACGGGUUUCCACAAACAUCCAUUGCUACGUCAUUUGCCUAUAUUCCGCCCUCAGGUGAAAUCUCCCGCCUUGAAAAACAUCAAGAUGGACUAUGAGAAAUUUUCCGACUAUGUAGCUCAUUACAUGUGUGCCGAGCGUCUUCGAAAGCUCAUUGAUCCCAACGACGGCUUCAAUGGUGCGGAGUGGUAUGAGAAGCAUAUGCUCUUAUUCGACGCCAAAGACGAAAUGUUUCAGGUCCAGACACUUACGGAUUGGGAUGCACAGCUCCAAUUCCGUCUCUUUUCACUACCGCGUUCUGGAGACGGCGCAGUUGUGGAUAAGUCGUGGCAUGAGGCUGAGGCUCUCGUGACGUCUUUGCUGGCAAAUACGUCCAUGGUGAAGCUUCCUCAUGGACCAGGCAACGGUGGAUUAAAGAUUAACAUGCUCGCUGACCUAUGGGAUGCUGAGGAGAAUUCUAACAAAGAUAAUGAAGAAGGGUCAUUUGCUGCAUAUCUGCGGUAUGGAUCGACUCACUUUGACCAGACGCGAGAGGUGAAGAAGCUUGAGUGGCAGAAUCCAGAGGAAGAGAUUUUUACCAUUGGAUAUUUGGAACCUGUGGAAAUCUAA